UUAAACAGCGAUAUAUAUGUGAAUCGGUUGGUUCUCAAUCCAUGGACUGUUUUUGCUAAAUUGACUGUCUCCUCAAGCUAGCUUCCCCGAGUUGCAUGUGAUCGGACUCUCAGUUUCGGUUGCUUUAUUUGCAAGCAGCAGAAUGAAGAAAGAAGAAAGGGAAAAAGAUAUUGUUGCAGACUCUGAGACGAAUGCCGCCGCCCCAGACAACUCUAUAUUGGUUGAUUCCCCACUUUUAACAUCGGCUAUCAUGGAGAAAGUGGAUUUAGUACCAACUGUAGUCGGAAAAUUUAAAGCGCCAAUAGAGAAUGUAACGGAAAAGCAACUCGGCUCCACCAAUCAUGCCAUCGAUAUUGAUGUGUCGGGCACAUUAUCAACUGAAAAUGUAUUGAAAAAGCAGCACGGCUCCACCAGUCAUGCUAUCGAUAUUGAUGUGUCGGGCACAUCAUCAUCAACAGAAAAUGAAGCAAAAAUCACAUGCUGUCGCAGAUCGAUACAACCUCAUCUGGAAGAGGACAACAAAAAAGAGUUAAAAGAGGCAAAGCAAAAAAUCCAGAAGUUUCCAAUAAAAAUCACCAACGGUCGUACAUGGAUACAACCUCAUUUGGAAAGGGACAACUUUAUGUUGGUGGUACAUGAGAUAAAAUCUUACAAAAAACAGUUAAAAGAGGCAAAGCGAAAAAUCCUGAAGGUUCCAACCACAUGUCGUGAGGUUGAGGUUAAAAAUUGCUACGAUCCCAUGGUAGUUGCAAUUGGCCCUUACCACCAUGCAGAUGAGAAGUUAAAACAAAUGGAAACUUUAAAAAUUAUAUGCACACUACAGUUUGCCUAUCAAAGUCGAAAAUCGAUCAAGAUACUGUAUAAACAAAUGGAAAAUCUGUUUAUUAAAGCUAAGAAUUACUAUGCCGAGGACGUAGUAAAAGACUUUGACGACAAGGACUUUGAGGUCAUGAUGUUUGUUGAUGGUUGCUUUGUCAUCCAGUUCAUGGAUAGUUUUGUGCGUGGCGAUAAUGAUCUAAAGGUCACGUAUAUGGAUCGAGCAUUCAUUAUGCAUGAUAUUAUGUUAUUGGAAAAUCAACUUCCUUUUAAAAUCCUCACUAAACUAAUGAGCUUGAGGUUUGAAGGACGUCAAGGAAUGGAGAUGAUACACAAAUUUAUCGAGAAAAUCAUGGGUGACCCUCCUAUUAAAGAAACACCACGAAGGAAGAGUUGGUUUUGGUUUCUCCACCCAAAUUCUAAGUCAGAAGGGACUAGUAAAGAACAAGAAGAGCGUAUUUGUACUGAAGAAGAAGCACCAAAUUUUGAAGGGAGUAGUGAAAAAAAAGAAAAAGCCCCUAUUCAUCUUCUUGAGCUUGUUCAAACUAAAUUUGUUUAUGAUAAAGAAAUUAAAAGUAAGACUAGCAAUGAACUAUCUGCCAAUUGGUGCUCAUAUCGCUCAGUUAAAGAGUUGAAGUCAGUGGGAAUACAUUUUCAACCUAGCAAGUCAUGUCGAUUCUCUGAUAUCACAUUUACUUCUAUGCACUUGUAUGGAACGCUCAAACUCCCUCGAAUAACCAUCCACGAAGGCACCAAGUCUUUGCUUUUGAAUUUGUUGGCUUUUGAAAAUUGCGACAGUUCAAGUAAUUUUGGGGUUUCCUCCUAUGUUUGGUUCAUGGAUACAUUGAUUGAUCAAGCUGAAGAUGUGAAGGAGCUACGAUCUAAAGGCAUAAUACUCAACCUCCUAGGCAAUGACAACGAGGUAGCGAAACUUUUCAACGAGAUAAGCGAACAUUUGUUGUGUAAUGAUCGAGUUUUUGGGACUAUUAGGGAAUCCCUUGAGAAGUUCGACAAAAGCUCCAGCAAGUUGUGGUUGACUGAAUGCUUGCACAAUCAUUUUAGAAGCCCUUGGGCCAUAAUUGCUUUUCUUGCUGCAAUUGUUGUUGUGUGCUUGACUAUUACUCAAACUGUCUUUUCUGCCAUUCAGCUUUAG